GUUUCACUUGAUUGCACAGAACUUGAACUUCUGGGUGAGGGAAUUGAGAAGUCAUUACCUAAUAUAUCCAAAGAAAAGCUCGGUGCUUGUAGCCGUAGAAAAAGGGGAGGAACCGAAAGAUGAAACAGGUACUUGCCCGAGGAAUGGCUGUUGGAAAAGCUCAAACUGCUGCAAGGAAGAGUAGGAAAGACAAAAACAAAAACAAAAAAUCUGGGUUUAACAAUCUCGUGGAAGUGGGAAAUUUUUAGAGAUCAGUCAUGGAAGAGUCCUCUUUCUCCGUUGUCUCUCAAGAUGAGGCAGCAAAGUCUGGUCGAGCAUCUGAUAAUCCAACCACCCAGAAUGCCACGGAUGAUGAUACAAUUGGUAAUAAUUUCUUUGCAUCAGGUUCAAGCCUUCCUAGUAGUUCUGUUGAUGUGCUUACUAGGGAGGCCAGUGCCACCCAAAGCAUUCAAGGAGAUUAUGUUAAUGGUUCUAGUGAAAGUUUCUGUCAUAUAGGUUCAGAGAAUAGUUUAUCUAACAAUGUUGUUGAAAAUCAAACCAUACCUUCCAGAUUAGAAACCUUAAAUUGUAAUGGAAUACCUCCUGCUGUGCCUGCAUUGGAGUUUGAUAAUGUUCUCAGCAAUGAAGAUAUCAACUUUCAGAAUUCUGCAAAUAGAAGUGAAUGUGAUGUGAAAUUAACUUUUCCUGAUAAACCAGUCCAAGCUUUUGAUGUAAUCUGUUCUGGUUAGGGAGCAAGAGAGUGUAAAUUCAUAUGAUACUGAACCCUCAACUUCUUCAGAGUGCCCUCCAAAUGAGUGGCCCAAUGUAGCUCCUUUUUAUUUUCCCUCCGCUAACUCGCAUCUCCCAGCUGCCACUGAUCGAUUGCAUCUGGAUGUUGGUCGGCACUGGCAUAAUCACUUCCAGCAAUCCUUCCUACCCUCAAUGCAUCAUGCCAGAAACUCUCCAACUGAAUGUGGGUGUAACCCAGUUCUGUCUCGGCCAUUACCAAUGAGUUUAGAUUGGCCCCCCAUGGUUUGAAGUGCUUGUGGAUUGGCUCCCUCAGUAACCUGUAAUUAUGAUUCUGGAUGUAUCUCAAGGCUGCAAUCUACUUUUCCACAGAGUUUCACCACUCAAAGAUUUGAGCUUAAUGCAAUGACCACUGAUGAUGAGAGAAGGUAUUCUGUGGAUUUCACUGACUUGCUAACAAAUACAAAGGAACUAGCAGAUCAAUGUAUGGUUAUCUUAUAUUUCUGCUAUAUCAUGAUUGUGACAUCAGUGAUAAUGCUUGUGACAUCAGUGAUAAUGCUUGUCACAGACAAACAAAGCAAGUAAGAAGUUAUUGUGGUACAUCAAACAACUCAACGGUGAUUUUCAUCUCAUGGUCUUGUAAUUCUCACUAAGUAACGAUCUUUAAGAGUUUGUGGAAUAGUUAUGGAAUCUCAUUUUUGUGGGGUCUUCAUGUUUUUUUUUGUUUUUGUUUUUGAUGUCUAUGAUUUGCCACAUUUUUUCAACAACCAAGAGAACUUGAGGUUGUGAUGUUAUGACAAUUUUAAGUAUAAGGAGACCGGAGGGAAUUGAAGUUAUUGCAUUGUAACAUAUUGUCAUAUGUGAAAUUCUAUAGAUGAAUUGUAUCGUUAGAGGCUGGAAAUGGAUAUAUACGAAGGUAUGUUUAAUUCAGAUUGGCACAUUCUAGUAAUCUCUUGGCCAAUGACUACAUGUGUUCCCAUGUCCUCUUGUAUAGGAUUUGAUUAUCUAAAAUUGUCUAAUAUAUGAAGAUGAUCAUUGUAAUAUUUA